AUGCAGCCGGCGGUCCACGCUGCUGUCCGUCUCGGAGCUGCCUGUCCAGCCAGCCCAGUGGCGCGGUUUGGCACCGUUCUGCUGAUCAGUGGUCGCGAUUUCCUCAAAAGGUCGUUCUCAUCCACGACUUCUCUCCGUCGCAAACAGCACAUGUCCAGCCCUUCUCUUCUUCCCACCGCUUUGUCGCAAACGGCCCUCCGCUCCAAUACUGUCCUGCGAACCACUGCACGUUGGCUCUCUUUCUCUCCAACGACUUCCUCCUCCUCCCCUGUCACGCCACUGGACGACAGCGUCGCAAAUAUGGGCUCCCUCGGUGAAUCUGCGCCCUACAGGGUUCUCGUCAUUGGAGGCGCGUACGCCGGCCUCUCCGCUGCUCUGAGCAUCUGCGACAUGGCCGCCGGCAGGCCGGCGCGCACGAGCGGCGAGCCGAUCAAGGCCAAGACUCCGCUCGCCAACGGCGUCGAUGUGACGAUUGUCGACGAGCGCGACGGCUAUUACCACCUUAUUGGCACCCCGCUUGCCCUCGCCUCCAACGAAUACGCAGAGAAGGCCUGGGUACGCUACGCCGACGUCGGUGCCCUGCAGCGGCCCAACAUCCGCGUCGUCCAGGGCAGCGCCCAGAGCGUCGACCCGACCGCCAGGAAGGCUCUCAUUCUCAAGAGUGGUUGCGACAAGCCCGUCGAGACCGAGUACGAUUACCUCAUCGCCGCGUCGGGACUGCGGCGCGUCUGGCCAGUCGUUCCGCAGGCCCUCACACGCAAGCAGUACCUCGUCGAGGCAGCCGACCACAUCAAGAAGGUCAGCGAGGGGAAACAUGGUGUUGUUGUCGUCGGUGGUGGCGCCGUCGGCAUUGAGAUGGCCACCGAGCUCAAGGUCGUGCACCCGCACCUCAAGGUCACCCUGGUUCACUCGCGCGACCGCCUGCUCUCGGCCGAGGACCUGCCCGACGAGAUGAAGGUGCGCACGCUCGCCCUCGUGCAGGAGCAAGGCGUCGAGGUGCUGCUCGAGCGCAGGCUCGACUCCGCCGUCACUGUCAAGACCGAAGACGGCUCUGAGGCCGAGGAGAUCACCUUCACCAACGGCGAGAAGCUGCUCACCAGCAAUGUCAUCAUGGCCAUCUCACGGAGUGUUCCCACAGGCAGCGGGUACCUGCCCAAGGCAGCGCUGGACAAGGAAGGCCUGGUCAAGGUCUCGGGGAGCAUGAACUUCCCUGCCGAAGUCCCCAACUCGGACCGCCACUUCGCCUGCGGCGACAUGGUCAGCUGGUCUGGCAUCAAGCGCUGCGGUGGUGCCAUGCACAUGGGCUGGGCGGCGGCCAACAACCUCUACGAGGCGAUGCUGAAGGAGAGCGACCCCACGCACGAGAAGGACGUCGUCGUGCUCGAGCGGUGGCCUUCGAUGAUUGGCCUGGCGGUCGGUAAGACGGCCAUUGCUAGCGGCCCAACGGGUACGCGCGACGGUGACGAGACGGCCAAAAUGUUCUUUGAGGAUGAUCUUGGGUUUGGAAUUUGCUGGAGGCACAUGGCUCUGUUCGGUGACAAGGAUCUUAAGCCGACUGCUGCUUGA